CGUGUCGGUUUCUCUUGUUGCAUGGCUUCGCCCUAACCUUGGUAGGACCGCAGGCAGUGCGUGACAAAGGUGGACUAGCGUACGAUGUUUUCCAGAAAGGAAUGCGGUGCCUGCGGCGGCACUGUUUUCUUUUGUUCCACCACAAGGAUUCUCGUCCAUAUCUGCAGACUCUCCACCGUCCAGCGACAACGUCCACCAGCAGCCAUUGUCCCAGCACAGUCUGUCUUCUGUCAAGUUGAGCAAGAUGGCCAAAGGCAACAAGCGACGAGCUCCGACCAGCCCUGAGGGUCAACCACCUGCAAGAAGACAGAGGGUUGGCACUGGUCAAGGAAACAACAAUAACCAGGCUGUUGCACCUGGUAGAGCUUCCGCCACUGGACAGGGGCUCACGACAGAUCUGUUAAACAAUGGCAAUCAGGCUGCCCAACCCAGAGCACCUCCUGCCCCAGCCCAACGUGCUUUGCGUGGACCACUGCCGGUCGACAGACGAGCAGCAUAUCCUCCAAGGCCGGCACCAACCCCAGUACCACGGACCGAAGCUGAGAUAGAAGAGCGCAUAACAGCGCUCAGGAAUCAGCUUCGAUACCCGCAUGCAAUUGCGAGAUUGAUGCUUGUGGGAUUUCUGAGUGGUGCAGGUUGGGACGUCAACCGGGCUGCGGCAGUCUUCUGGGAGGGUCACAAUCGAUACAGUCAUCUGAAUCUUCCUCUCCUUGGGGCUCCAACCCAGAGCAAUCAACCUGCUCCUCAAGCUCCCAUCAUCCACCGCGCUCAACGAAGUGGCGGCCAGGUACGCCGAGGGGAUAGCGUUGAACAAGGAAGGCUCCGCCUCCUUGUUGAUGUGCAAAUGGGCCUGAGAAACAGCAUCUUUGACAAUCGGCCAAGGCUACGCACAACCAACGCCAACAUGACCCUGCUGUGCCAUGAGCAAAUGUGGGACAAUGACGAGAUCACCAAGGUGGUGAACGGUCUCAACGGCGACUACAAAAAGCUGAGCGAGCGUCUUGACCGCCUGCGCCCCCAGACAGGUCACCAACCUUCCCGUGAUGAAAGAUUGGCUCUAUUCAUCUCCAUCACCUCCACGAACAGUUGGUACUCGGCAAGAGCACUCCUUGAGAGCCGAAACUGGGAUCUUGCCCUUGCCAUUGACCAAUGGAUUCGGCAGGGCGGUAUCCGAGUCGUUGACCCACCAACAAACAUCAAGGAGGAUCUGCAGCGCAAAGGGAAGAGGUCAUGGAAUGCCAACAAGCCUCGGGAGAUCAUCAACGGCGAGUUCGACGAUGAUGACAAUGAGGAAGAACCUCUGGGGCCCCCUGACAAGAAAAUCGAGGGAGGCGACUCUGGGCCUUUCAAGGGACGACCUUCCAGCAGCACCACAAACCGAGUGCAACGAACUGGCUUUGUGAUCGAUGACGACCAGAAACGGUCGCUACGGCGUUGAACACUUUGACGGUGCCGACCCUAACGAUGAUCAACGGGGCGUGCGCUCGAGAUUCAGCUGGAACGACGGUGAUACCCAGCCGGAGUUCGACUGGAACAAUCGUACACACACCUCGUUCCUCAGCAAGUGGAGAUCCGAUCGUCUCCUGAAGAUCACCGGGGAAAAGAAGCGACUUGAGGUCCGGACACCCUUCAACAAGUACGAGCGGGACUGGCUUCGGGAGCAGGAGGCGAUCAGGACAGAAGAGCGGUUCUACGAGCUUGCACAACAAGAUCGCUUCCAGAGCGGCAUCACCAAUCAACAGGCCUGGAAUGAGACACUGAGGAAAGCCCCCUUUGACGGACGUCCUUACCCAAUGCCGGCGGCAGAGCUUGAUGCCCUGGCAGCGCGCUUCAACCAGCAAUUU